AUGGUGAUCAAAGUCUUUGUAGCCACAUCCUCUGGGUCUACAGCGGUAGGUUACUCAUGUUAUAUUAAGAAGAAACAGCAAGAAGUAGUGGGCUUCUUAGAGGCCAACAAGAUUGACUUUAAGCAAAUGGACAUAGCUGGUGAUGAGGACAACAGGAAAUGGAUGAGAGAGAACGUCCCAGGUGAAAAGAAGCCACAAAAUGGAAUCCCCCUCCCUCCACAGAUCUUCAAUGAGGAGCAGUACUGUGGGGACUUCGAAUCCUUCUUCUCUGCCAAGGAAGAAAACAUUAUUUAUUCAUUCCUGGGUCUGGCACCUCCUCCGGGUACAAAGGAGGCAAAAACUGCUGAAGAGACAUCAAACCUUCCAAACGGUGAAGUUUCGGGUGAAGAGCACAAAGUUAUGGAAGAGACUGAAAAGUCUGAAGUAACUGAAGAAAAUGAGGCACACACAGAAGACAAUGUAGAUGCAGUCGCUAAUUCUAUUGAACUGCCAUCAGAAGAGCAACAGGAAAAGGAGGAAGAACACCCAGGGACAGAGGAAGCACAAGUCCGUGAAGCACCAGAGAAUAUAAAACCACCUCUUCCCCCCAAACAACCCACCAUUGCCUUUCGCACCAACACAUGUAUAGACAUCUAUAUAUCCCCAAAACACAAGACACCACUCUGCCCUAUAUUAUAUAUAUAUAUUUGGUAUUCUGGUCUUUUGUUAAAGUGGGUCAUCUUAAUUCUGGCUGACAAGAUCUCAGACUUAGCUUUAUAUGUUCUAACAGUACUGUCUAUGUCUAAUUUUAGAUUGUAA